GGGAUCCAUUUGCCUGAGUGGCGGGGGAACCGGAAGUGGGGGCGCUGCCGCUGGUGCUGGGGCCGAGGGACGCGCCGGAGUGGGGCCGCCGGGACUGAGCGAGCUACAGACGCGCCACCCGCCGCCGGGGCCAGCACGGACCCUCUGCCUGAGUAUAGAAUGAGCCAAGGAGACUCAAACCCAGCAGCCAUUCCACAUGCAGCAGAGGAUAUUCAAGGAGAUGACAGAUGGAUGUCUCAGCACAACAGAUUUGUCCUGGACUGUAAAGACAAAGAGCCUGAUGUGCUGUUUGUGGGGGACUCCAUGGUGCAGUUAAUGCAGCAAUACGAGAUAUGGCGAGAACUUUUUUCCCCACUCCAUGCACUGAAUUUUGGAAUUGGAGGAGAUACAACAGGACAUGUUUUAUGGAGGCUAAAGAAUGGAGAGCUGGAGAAUAUUAAACCUAAGGUCAUUGUUGUCUGGGUAGGAACAAACAACCAUGAAAAUACAGCAGAAGAAGUAGCAGGUGGAAUCGAGGCCAUCGUACAACUUAUCAACACAAGGCAGCCGCAGGCCAAAAUCAUUGUAUUGGGUUUGUUACCUCGAGGUGAGAAGCCCAACCCUUUGAGGCAAAAAAAUGCAAAGGUGAACCAGCUCCUCAAGGUUUCCCUGCCAAAGCUUGCCAAUGUUCAGCUCCUGGAUACAGAUGGGGGCUUCGUGCACUCGGACGGUGCCAUCUCCUGCCACGACAUGUUUGAUUUUCUCCAUCUCACAGGAGGGGGCUACGCAAAGAUCUGCAAACCCCUCCAUGAACUGAUCAUGCAGUUGUUGGAGGAAACACCUGAGGAGAAGCAAACCACCAUUGCCUGACUGGCUCCCAUCAGUGUUCAUUGCAUCCCCGCUUCCUGAGAUCAGUUAUGUCACUGGCACUACAGAAUCCUUCUCUUUCCUAAGGCACUUUGCGUUGUAGAAUGUUCCUGGAUGUUCAUAUCUAGUGUUUGAAAGGGAGGAGGGAUUGAAACUGGUCCUGUACAUAGGUUUGUUUGACACAGGAGAAAAAUUAGUUAAGGAAGAUGGUUGUUUAAAUUCAUUUGAAACCAGAAGGGGACUUUUUAGUUGUAUGUGUGACACAUUUAUUGAAUUAUCACUGUUUUACCUAGAAUGACAUCAAGCCUAAGUACUGAACAAAGUGAAGAUGCUUUUCUUGGCCUUUCUUUCUAUGGAUUAUGUCAUAUAUAAUAAUGAUCAGAAUCACACCUACUUGGCUUUACAACAUGGUUUUUUCUAGUUUUUAAGGUUCAUAAUUUAGCCUUUUGUUUCUGUUUUCCUUUAUUCGUGUAUUCUCAAAUGGACAUACUUGUCAUUCAUAUAUGGGAGAUGCUAUAGUUACAAGUGGGUUUGUUCCACUGUCUUAUCUUUCCCAGGCUUAGCAGUGAAGAAUAGGUUUUGCCCCAAUUGGGGAACUCUGUGGUGGGUAUUAUUUUUAUGCUGCUGAAUAUCAUGUCUGUAAUAGACCCAUGCAUGCAGCCUUUGCUCCUUUUUUGUAGGGUCCUUGUUGAUAUUACCAACUUUAACACAUUUCUUACCCAGGAGCUCUGUUGCUGGGUGUGUAAGUCCCCAGCCAGUUACUCUCAUGAUAUUCUGAUGUGUGGCUCAUUCUUGUGUGGUGUUCUGUGCUAGAGUCUGUGUAGUGCUGUCCAGAUGCAGAGUGGUUUGUUCUGUUUGCUUUUCCCUUAGAACCUGCUACAGUUUCUUUCUUUCCUUUUUUUUCGCCCCCCUUGGGUGUGUGUGUCAGGGAGGGGGGAGGAUCAGAUCAGACCUCUUCUAUUUUUUAUUCCAUAAGCCCUGACAUUAUUUCAAGUUUUGUAGUAUCUUAAGGUGUAUAUUUUAUUUUUGUAUUGUUUUAGUUUUUAAAUUAUAUGAGUCCAGAAAAGUUUGGCCUUUUCUCAUGGGGCAACAAGUGGAACUAUUCUUCAGAAUAAACAUCCUACUUGGUUCCCCCCCCCCCCCCCCCCCAUCUUAGGCUUGUUUAACUUUCAGGAUUUUUUCUUAAUGAAUCUUCUGAGAAUGUCUUUCAAGAGAGCUCUUUAUUAGAUGGUUUGAGCUACAAGAACUGCCAUUUUAAAACAAUGGGACAAUGGAUGGUUUUUGUUCAGUAGACCUAUGAAAUGUAUACAAACUGGAUCUACAAACAGAUAUUUUAAACUGGACCAGGUAGAUAUUGAAGUAGCCCAUCCAGAUGUGCUCUGCAGUGAUUUUGCUUAACAUUCUGGUUUAGUAACUAAGACGUAUGUUUCAUGUCUGCUUGCCAGGCAGAUAGCAGUGCUGUGGGGGGCGGGGGAGGGGUGCUGAUUGGUGCCAAGCCUGUCCUGGUUGAGGGAUAGAGCUUGGGCUGAUGUGUUCUUUUCUUGUCAAGCCUCUUGCUAGGAAUUUUAUUGUUUUUUGUCUUUUUAAGAAAAAAAUACAUACUUUUCUGAAUGUAUCAUGUCUUCAUUAACAAAAGAAAAUACGCAUGGUGUUUACUAAACUUGUUUACUAUUUUAAAAUUUUCUUUUUAUUUUUAGUAACCCAGGUUCUUGAAUUUUUCAAGACAGAUUUUUUUUUUUCUUAGCUUGGGUAAAGUUCUAGGGAGAAUAACUAAUUAAGCCACAAUUUUGUGUGUGAAAAGACAGUUUCCUUUCCAGGUCUUCUGAUUGUCAGAGGGUGGGAGUCUGAGGGUCCUCCAGCAACAGAGGAUUCAGUCCCUGUGUGUGCUGACCUCCAGCUCUUGUGCUCAUGUGUACAGACCUGAGAUAGCACUGCAUUUUCUACUUACCGGAUCUAUUCGAACAGUAGUAUUUGAAACACUAGCCUCGUAAAUAAAAGUCUGCCCCAUUGCUACUGUGCAGAUAUUGAGUCCGCUUUCAUUUCUUGCCAGCACUGCCUUAGGCAAAAUGUGUUCAUCUAGGUGUCACCAAAAGUGAAUAAUUAUAAAGGCAGUGUUUAUUAAAAUACAUUUCAUUUUCAAAAUUGAGCUAUCAGCUGUUAAAGUUUGUAUAUAUUUUGGGGGGGAUACCCUGUAUUUUUCUUUCAUCAACAUCCAGGUUUGCUACAGUGACAGAACUUAAUGCUUAGUCUUUGGAUAUCUCUCUCUCUCUCUCUCUCUCUCUCUCUGUCCCUCUCCCUCUCCCUCCCCUCUCCCUUACCCUCUCCUUCUUUCUCCCCUCCCUCCUCUAUAUAAAUUUAAUGCACCGUCCAGGUGAAAUGUCCUAGUUGUCAUUAUGAUUAAGGGGCCAACUUUGCAGAGGUAUUAUUCUAUUCCUCUAUCAGCAAAUUUUAAGUCCUUUGUCUACCCAUUCCUGCUACAUUAAGUAGCAGCUGGUGAUGACACUAUAACGAUUUCUGCGGUCGCAUCUUGAAUGUGGCUGGUGAAAGAUGUACUGCCAGGGAUGAUCUGGGACCUGUUGUUUUGCUGCCAUAAUAUUCUAGACUGUCAUGGGCCUUUUUGGACUAUAUCUUUUGUCAAAAACCUGAACCCACACAAAACAUCUGGAGUAGCUUAUGCCCUGCUGUUACGAAUUCUGUCUCAUUGUUAAAUUCCAAAUUUCUUUAUUUUUUCAGCCUAGUCACUGUUUACAGUUGUCCGCUAAAGCCUGAAAUAUUGUUUGUGCUGUGGUGUAUGAGCAUUGCCAGUUUAUAUUUAUUGCAGUGAAGAAACUGAAAACAUUGAAAUCGUGGGCAUGUCCACGUUCCUAUGUUUGUGUGGGUGCAUGUGGGAGAAGUGAGUUGGGGUCUCUUGAAAGGAGGCUUUUUGGAGUGGGGCCUCCCAGCGUCUUGUUGGUGUUCCUGCUUGGGGAUCACUGCUGCUAGCGGACUGGACCUCCCCGGCAAGUCUGUGAUCUACUUUGGCAAAGUUUCAUUGACCAGUGAACUCAUUCUGUUGUAGUGCGUAUUUCAGUAUAAAUGUAAACAUUUCACUUAAA